AUGCAUUUUAUGGCGCAAACUUUAGGGGUGUGGUUUAAAAAUCGUAGAGCUAAAUGUCGCCAACAGUUACAACAACAACAACAACAACAAUCACUUCACGGUUCGACAAAAUCAAACGUCAAUAGAAAUUCGUCAUCGUCUGCUAAUAAUAAUAUUUCAACGAAUCAUACUUCCAAUUUGAAUCCGACGAAAUCUAUGGGAUCGGGUAGCGUACAAGGAGGAAAUCAACUUUCGACAGCGGCAACCACAACCGUUCCGACCGGUGGUAACAACAACAACAACAACAAUAAUAACAAUAACAACAAUAACAAUAAUAACAACGAUAAACAUUCGAAAAGUCAAUCUUUUCCGAUUGCCCUUUUGGCAAAUUCAGUUUUGGGAAAACAAACAACGAUAACGCCGUUGAAUAAUUCUCCGCCGUCGGGCAAUCCGAUAACUCCGAACAGCAUCGGGAGUAACAGCGACAGCGCUUCCCCACCGAUACACAAUAUUAAAAAUGAACCUCCUUCAACGAAAUCAUUAGGUUACUCUAUUAAUUCCGUUUCCGGUCCACCUCAAAGAGUGCCUUCGACUUCACUAGGAAGCGCAUCCUCCGUCAUGGCCACGCCGAGCCCGCCCGUCACGCCCGGAACAUACGGACAAACGCAAAUGUCCGACAUGCCGAUGAGCAGUUAUUAUUGGGGACCGGGAAAUUCCGGAUCGCAGGCUCAUUGCUACACGUCGCCCUACGGUUAUUACGGUAACAUGGAUUAUUUUUCACCUUCCGGAUCGAUGGCACAUCACAACAACAUGGGUUUCACCGGAUCCGGAAACAUGAAUCCAUCUCAUCAUUCUCCCAUUUCAAUGAACCAUCAUCAUUCUCCUUCUUUACCCCAUCAUUCGACCGGUUACAAUCAUCACCAAACUAUGACCGGGUCGUAUCCGGGUUAUCAUCAGUCAUUUGGCUCUAGUCGUCAUUCCACCGAUUGCAGUUUGGACUACGGUAACAAUUCUCCAAACGAUAAAUAUCAAAUGGUUUAG